CUUAGUAGUAUUAGUAGUAUUAUUAGUAAUGACCAAGUAUUACUGCUACAAUUUUGCAGUUCUUCUUCUUGUUAUUUAAACACCAUUUAUCACCGUGGUUAUUUGUUUAAAAAGCAUCCUAGUAACGUUAGCUAGGGCCCCGGCUAAACCACUCCCCUCCACACCAGUAAGGGGUGCUACACAUUUCUGAAGGAAAACAAAACCAUCAUCUAGCCGUCACUUUCAUGCGACUGCCCUUGCUUUGUUUGUUCCGCACACGGCAGCAGCAGCAGACCACACACACCAGGGAUGUAUUACGAGAACUGGAUACAGCUCCGUUCAUUCCUAUGAGAGUUGCCUAAUGGCGCAUGAAGCCGAAAAUUGAGCGACUCUGUAGACUCAGAAAGUACCCGGAUCAUCCGGGUCCUUUGCUCACAGAGCGUGCGCACUUGAAGCUCCCUUUAGCCCCUUCUCCGAUCUCCUGCUGUCGUCUCAGUCAUUUGACAACUUUUACUCUUCAAUUAUUUAAAUAAGGGCUAAAAGUGUUCGUUUGAGAAGUUUAUUUAGCCCAAAAAGUUCUAGGUUAUUUACAGACUUCGCUUUCCCCAUGUAAGUCAUUGGGACGAAAUGACGUCAAUGAAGGUGUAGUAACACUGGUUGACCACUACGGCCAUCCCCCAAUUCGGCUUCAACGGCCGGCGUACUUCCUGGGGGCUCUAUGCUCACACCCACUUUUUAUCCUGAUACCUCCAACCGUGUACAAACCAUCUGGCGAGUUGUGCUCAACUACUCGGUCUAACAUGGCUAAGCCGAGUGAUCUAAAGAUCUUCCUGGAGUCAUCUCUGAAUGAGAUAUUUAAAGCCACAGUGAGCGACAUCCUGGAUUCAGUGGACCGGACCCUUUCCGAGUACCAGGGCACAAUACACAGGAUCGAGUCCGAAAACGAGGGCCUGAAGAGACUGCUGUUAGCACAGAGUAGAACCGACUCUGCUUCUAGAGAUAUUCGUGAACAAGAUGGCAUUGAAAAGUUUUCCUCUUCAGAAUGGAAUGAUUAUACUAUCGACUCGCAGCAGGGUACGUUCAAGAUGUCGAUAUGCAGCAGUGACAAGAAGAGCUUCAGGAGGAAGCAGAAAGACAAGACGAGGGAAAGCAUAUCCUCCUCCAACUUUUUACUGCAGACUGAUCAUAUGGUAAAAGAACAAUGUGUGAGCACAGCAGAGGUAGGCAUGACCAAAGAAAACUUGUUAUCUGUUAAAACAGAGCCUGGCCUGGAUGAAAGUGGUGCUAUUGACCUCUCCCAGCCUUCCUCCCUGCUGAAUCUAACAAUGAAACCAAUGAAAACUGAGAGCACAGAAGUCAAUUUGAACAGUCCUGAUGCAUAUGCGCCUAUGCCACCAUCUACAGGCCUCGAACAAGACUCCAGAGGAAAUGACAGUGAAGUUAAAGUCACAAUUAUUUCUGACACCAACAUGCAGGAUGGACAGUCAAUAAAGACUGAGGAGGAGCAGAAUGCGCUGUCGGAGUAUGGUGACAAUGACAAUUUAUUUUUGAAGCAUGAAUUGAGGUAUAACCCUCAAUCAGAAAUAGACCCUGGGGCGGCGAGUACACAGGUUGUGGAGCCAGAAGUAGAGACACAUGAGGAAAAUGCUGCAAUUCCUGAGCUUUUAGAGGUUCCUGACAACUUCUUACGCUGUCCUACUUGUCCGAAAACAUUUAGCCGAGCCUCCUCCCUCAACAUCCACAUCAAGACACACAGCGCUGAGAAAGCUCACAGCUGCAGCUACUGCGGCAAGCGCUUUGGUCGUGCUGAUCUCCUCAAGUCUCACAAGCGCACCCACACAGGAGAGAGACCCUACUGCUGCAACAUCUGCAGCAAGACGUAUGCCCACCCCAGUCAGCUCAGGAUACACAAACGUGUACACACCGGAGAGAAACCCUACUCGUGCUCGCACUGCGGGAAACGCUUCAACGAGCACAACCAGCUCAAAGUCCACUUGCGGACACACACCGGGGAGAGACCUUACAGCUGCCAGGAGUGCAGCAAGACUUUCAGCAAUGCAGGUAACCUGCGUAUACAUGAGAGGAUUCACACCGGGGAGAAGCCAUACUGCUGCUCUCAGUGUGGCAAACGUUUCAACGGCUUGGGUGACCUCAAAACACACUACAGGAUCCACACUGGAGAGAGGCCCUACAGCUGCGAGCUCUGCAAGAAGACUUUCAGCCAAGCAGGACACCUCACCAUACACAUGCGCAUGCACACGGGAGAAAGGCCAUACAGCUGCAACGAGUGCGGCAAGAAGUUCACGGUGGCCAGCAGCCUCAAACUGCACCAGAGGACUCACACUGGAGAGAAGGAGUACAGCUGCUCGUUCUGCAGCAAGAGCUUCAGCAGGUCGGGUCACCUGAAGAGACACGAGCUGGUGCACACCAAAGAGAAGGUGUUCCUCUGCAGCCAGUGUGGGAAGACCUACACCGACCAGUCGUCCCUUAAGAAGCACUUGAAGAUGCACGCAUCCAAGGAGCAGAAGGCUCAGAGCGAGGGAAGCACCAGCGACACGGAAACAAACCGACCUUCGGCUUCAGAGGCACUGUCAGACACUGAUAGAAGUUAGAACUAAAGGACCAAUAGAAGAUGACUAAUAUGAAACCUCAGAAAAACUCAUCUUUGAUCAAUAUCAAGCUUACUCGUUUUUUCAGAGACACAUCUCAAAGCCUACAUCAUACGAGUAUUAGUGCUAUAGCUGUCUGUAGAUGAUCUAGUGUUCAACUACUACCCAAACCUGACCUCCUGGGUUGUAUUUUGUCUAUCUGGUACUUUUAACAACACACUGCAGGAGAGUUGAUUUAAUGCAGGGCAGUUGAUGCGUGCUGUGGUUCAAAGUGCCAGAAAAAAGUUGAGAACCUAUGUUUCUUACUGCUGUUCCCAGGCUCAAAAUUGCACGUGUUUUUGUGGUACAGUGCAAUACACUGUUGUCUGUAUUUGCUGUGGUUAGCUUCAAGUAUUUAGCAAUAACUUAUGAUUCAUCUAUUAUUUUAUUUUGAUUGAUGAAAAUAAUGGGACCCUAAAAGAACUGUUCGUUUAAACAUGUGUAUGGUACCAAAUAAUGGUAAUAUGUAAUGCUUAAAAUGAAAAGUUAUUGAAUGCCUGUCAGAUUAGCAGGAUGUUUUUUUAACCACCCUGCUGAAGCGAAUCACUGGUUUUUUCUGAGGUGCUUACCUUUCAUUUUGAAUAUACAAUAUCCCCACAGGGGUCAGUUCAAAAUAACUAUUGUUGUUUGAGAAUUAAAACAGUAAGAUGCUUCUACACACAUGUAAACACUUUGUAGUAGCCAGAGUGUUAGAAAUGCGUGCUGCACCAGUGACUUAUGACAAAGAUCAUGAAUAUAUUGCUGUAUAUUUAACUUUAACUAUACAUCCAGCGGUCGGAUCCAUUGAACUGACACGAAUGUAUCUGUGUGAUAACGUGACUAAAAUAUUGCUGCUGCAAAUAAUCUGUAUCUAUUGACCAUUUUUCAAUAGUAAAUUAAUAAUUAUUUUGUCAGCCAUGUUGAUCUAAAUCAAUGUUGAGCUUUUAGAAGUUUUGUUUUCACUGUGCUCCAGGAAGCUGACGCCAGAAGAGUUAGACAUUAUGUUUAUUAUGAUAGGGCUACUGUUUGCUUGGCAAAUGGUUCAUAUACCUGCACAUCGACGUAUAUUAAACUGAGUGUUUUCCACUUGGACUUUAUUGUGACCUACGUGUGUUUGUUUUGUGUCUAAAUUAAAAAGAAAAAUUAACCAAAAAAUGUUUGUAUC